AUGUCCUGCUGGUUCCAGAGCAGCCUGAAGUGGAUUCCCCACCUAGCUCAGUCCACGGCCCCAAAUGCAGAUGAUGACUGGUCUGGAGUGCCCGCUACUGUUUACCCGGAGGAGCUGGACAAUGCCUGGACACCAGAGGUUGUUGGUGAACUGAACGGAAACAAUAUAGAGGAUGUCAUUGCUCAGGGUAACUGCAAACUUGCCAGCAUGCCAGUUGGUGGAGCUGUAGCAGUCUCAGCUGGACCAGGUUCUGCUGCUCCUGCUGCUGCUGAGGAGAAGGAGGAAUCUGACAACGACAUGGAAUGUGGCCUAUUUGACUAAACUUUUGCUACA